GUGAAAUGGCCAAUAGCUUGCUGAAUUGAUGUGAAUGGAGGCGGAGCUCGCGUGAGGAGGAGGGGAACUGCACAGACAGUCACCCCGCGUCUCGUGUCGGCUGCAGUACAGAGAGCACGCGAAGAAAAGUUUCUGCACAAGUUUAAUUCAUGCCCGUAUUUAUUUUCGAUCGUUUACGUCUAUCGUGAAACCUGAAUAUAUUUCAACAGAAUUAUCUUCAACGCCGAAUCUUAUCUAAGGAGGAAGGAUCCGGCAAAGCAGACCACUUCAUCGCUAACCUCCUGAAAAGGCGAAAGGAAUGCGAUCUUGUUGACGGGAAGGCUGAAUCUGUGCGGAGUCGCUUGGAACUGAACAAGACAGGAGUUUGUUUGUGUCUGACUAACAAUCAAGUCAUUUUUUCAUCCCAGCAUAGUGCUCGCUAUUCGGUUUACACUUCGACGCAUUUUUAUCGGCAUUGAUUCUGCGCUCAGCUUAUUAGAACGAAACUUUGGGGAGUACAACUGGGGGAAACUCGCUGACAAAGAACACAGCCGGUGCAGCCGGAGGAAAUAGUGUUUUCCUAUUUCUCUGUCUUUGCCUACUUUAUCCCAUUCCCGGAGGACUGAGAGGAGAUGGAAUAUUGCAAAAAGUAGAAAAGACAGGAACAGCAAACAGAGCUGUAGCCUAUCACUUUUUAAAGGGGAAAUAGCAUAGUCACUACCCGGACUCUUUAAUUAGAAAAUGUAUCCAUUUUAAAAAUAAAUUAUACAUUGCAUGCAUAAUUUAUUUGUAGACUAAAGAACGAACUUUAUUUUUUUUUUGCUGAUGCCUUUUUGGAUUGCUGCUUAAAGGAAUCUGGCCCUCUCUGACUCCUGUAAUUAAACAGUGGUGGACUAUUCAACGACACCAAACUGAUCAUUUAAAUUAUGCUGAGCACUUUCUGAUUUGUAUUCUUGGGAGAGUCGCUAGCGCAUCUGUUGUCCGUCACUAAUGUGGGGUUCACGGUCGGCGAGGACACGGCCGAGCUGACAGUUUCUCUUACAAAAAUAAAUAGUUUUCCUUAAAUCAGUUGGAGACCAUAUUUUGACGGAGUAUUUUUCUGCUAAUAUGGAACAUGUGCAAUGGACGGUCAUCGCUGCGCUCUUGUUCGUCGGGGCUCUCCGUCUGUCCACAGCCGAAGAAGAAGUCCUGAUGAACACGAAGCUGGAGACGUCGGACCUUAAGUGGACCAUCUACCCCCAGUCCGACCCGGAGUGGGAGGAGGUGAGCGGCCUGGACGAGGAGGGCAACAGCGUGCGGACCUACCAGGUGUGCCCGACGGACAGCUCGGGGAACCACUGGCUGCGCAGCACGCUGAUCCAGAGGCGGGGCGCCACGCAGGUGUACGCCGAGCUGCGCUUCACCAUGAUGGAGUGCUCCUCACUCCCCACGCACCACCGCAGCUGCAAGGAGACCUUCAACCUCUUCUACUACCAGGCCGACUCCGACGAGGCCACGCCCGACCACCCGUCCUGGAUGGAGAACCCCUACACCAAGGUGGACACGGUGGCAGCGGACUUCCUCCUGCGCAAGGGCGGCGAGCGCAAGUCCAACGUGAAGACGCUGCGGCUGGGGCCCCUGAGCAAGCGGGGCUUCUACCUGGCCUUCCAGGCGCAGGGGGCCUGCAUGGCGCUGCUCUCCGUGCGCGUCUUCUUCAAGAAGUGCCCCGCCCUCACGCGCGCCUUCUCCUACUUCCCCGAGACGGUGCCGCACACGCUGGUGCAGCAGGCGCAGGGCCGCUGCGUGGAGCACGCCCAGCAGCCCGGCGCCCAGCCCGCCCCGCCCCACAUGUUCUGCGGCGAGGACGGCCAGUGGGUGGACCACCCCACCACCAGCUGCGCCUGCGCGCCCGGCUACGAGCCCGUGGACACCGACGUCCGCUGCCGAGCCUGCCUCGUGGGUCAGUUCAAGCCGGGGCCGGGGACGGGCCAGUGCCGGCCGUGCCCCGCCUUCAGCAGCGCCGCCGUCGCCGGGUCGGCAAUGUGCGUCUGUCGCCCCGGUUACCACCGCGCCGACUCGGACCCGCCCGAAGCGUCCUGCACGAAGCCGCCCACGGCGCCGCGCAGCAUCGUCACGCAGAUCAACGACACGUCGCUGACGCUGGAGUGGAGCGAGCCACUGGAGCGCGGCGGCCGGCUGGACCUGAGCUACGCGGUGGAGUGCCUGCGCUGCGGGGCCCCGGGGGGCCCCUGCUCGUCCUGCGGGGACAGCGUCAGCUACCGGCCGGCGCAGAGCGGCCUGAGCGCGCGCCGCGUGGUGGUCUGGGGCCUGCUGCCCCGCACCACCUACACCUUCAGCGUGCGCGCGCUCAACGGCGUGUCCCCGCGCAGCGGCGGCGAGCCGGCCAGCGAGAGCGUCAACAUCACCACCAGCCGGGACGUUCCAGUGCCGGUUCCAGAUAUUAAGCGGAGCCGAGCCACAGAGAGCAGCCUGACUCUGCACUGGCAGGUCCCUGAGCAGCCCCACUACAACAUACUGGAGUACCAGCUCCGCUACUGCGAGAAGGACAAGCAGAACGAGGACGUGGGCUGGCGCUACACGGAGACCCAGACCAACCAGGUGGUGCUGAGCGACCUGCGGCGGGCCACGCAGUACGAGGUGCAGGUGCGCGCCCGCACCAUGGCGGGGUACGGCAUCUUCAGCAAGACCUCCGUGUUCCGCACGCAGCCCGACGAAGACGAGUCCCACUCCCAGCUGAUGGUGACCGGGGUGCUGGCGGCCAUGGGCCUGCUGCUGCUCAUCACCGUCAUCGCCAUCGCCGUCUUCUGCGUCCGAAAGCACACCAGAGUGAAGGACCCGGAGCUGAGCGACAAGAACGGACAGUACCUGAUUGGCCAGGGGAUUAAGGUGUACAUCGACCCCUUCACCUAUGAGGACCCCAACGAGGCGGUGCGGGAGUUUGCGAAGGAGAUCGACGUGUCCUUCGUCAAGAUCGAGGAGGUCAUUGGAGCCGGUGAGUUCGGGGAGGUGUGUCGGGGCCGGCUGAAGGUCCCGGGGAAGAAGGAGAACUACGUGGCCAUCAAGACGCUGAAGGGCGGCUACACGGAGAAGCAGAGGCGGGACUUCCUGAGCGAGGCCAGCAUCAUGGGCCAGUUCCAGCACCCCAACAUCAUCCACCUGGAGGGCGUCAUCACGGCCAGCUGCCCCGUCAUGAUCCUCACCGAGUACAUGGAGAACGGGGCGCUGGACUCCUUCCUGCGGCUGAACGACGGGCAGUUCACGCCCAUCCAGCUGGUGGGCAUGCUGCGUGGCAUCGCCUCGGGCAUGAAGUACCUGUCGGAGAUGAGCUACGUGCACCGGGACCUGGCCGCACGCAACAUCCUGGUCAACAGCAACCUGGUGUGCAAGGUGUCCGACUUCGGCCUGUCCCGCUUCCUCCAGGAGAACUCCUCCGACCCCACCUACACCAGCUCCCUGGGCGGCAAGAUCCCCAUCCGCUGGACCGCCCCGGAGGCCAUCGCAUUCCGCAAGUUCACCUCGGCGUCGGACGCCUGGAGCUACGGCAUCGUCAUGUGGGAGGUCAUGUCCUUCGGAGAGAGGCCCUACUGGGACAUGAGCAACCAGGACGUCAUCAACGCCAUUGAGCAGGACUACCGGCUGCCCCCGCCCCCGGACUGCCCCACCUCCCUGCACCAGCUGAUGCUGGACUGCUGGCAGAAGGAGCGGGCCGCCCGCCCCCGCUUCGCCGCCAUCGUCAGCGCGCUGGACAAGCUGAUCCGCAACCCGGCCUCGCUCAAGAUCGUGGCCCGAGAGGGAGCCGGGCCCUCGCACCCCCUGCUGGACCAGCGCAGCCCCCCGCCCCUGUCCGCCUGCGGCUCUGUUGGGGAGUGGCUCAGGGCCAUCAAGAUGGGCCGCUACGAAGAGAGCUUCAUCCAGGCCGGGUUCACGUCUUUCGAGCUGGUCUCCCAGAUAUCCACCGAGGACCUCCUGCGCAUUGGGGUGACUCUGGCCGGACAUCAGAAAAAGAUCCUCUCCAGCAUCCAGACCCUCAGAGUGCACAACAAGAGCCCCAGCACUGUGCGCUACUAACACUGAGAGAGCUGCCUGUCACACACACACACACACACACACACACACAGGGACCCUUCCAGCAGAGAACAUUCUCAGGCCCUGUGACCACCCCCCACUUCUUCCAGAUCCAGUUUCAUCCAGACCUGCUACAGUCCACGCAGCCAGAAGCUGACCACCCGCAAGCCGGUCCGUGUGGACAGCUGCCCACCAGCCCACUCCCACAUAUCACUGCAGCUUCCCAUUGGCUGUACACUCUUUACAUUGACUUUCAGCGCCCCGCCCCUGCUAUUUUCCUAGUGAAAUGCUCCUCUGCCACUGCACAGCGGUGUGGCACCGCCCACUCCUGUCAGGAGGAGCAUGGGCGGAGCCAGGAGACCAGCAUCAGUCAUCAGCACUGACAUGAACUACUUCCUUCUCUGACUGUUACGCUUCGGUGUGUGUGGGACAGUGUCACCCACAGUGCUGUUUACUCCUUCAGCGCCCCCACCUUUACUGCUCUUCCCUGAAACCCUCCGUCUUCUGCCUGCAACCCAGCUAUCAACUGACAGAACUUCAGGGACAGGCAGAUGACAUCACAACGCCAGCACAGCAGUCAGCCAAUGGGCGUGUAGAGCUCAUCUGUGCUGGGGUACCGAUUGGCAGGGGGGAAAAAAAAGGAGGCGUGUAUCUUCCAACAGAGUGUGUUUGGACCACCGUAUGAGAACAUUUUGUUUGUACCUGUGAAGAUCAGGCACACGUAGGAGAAGCUGUACGAAUCACUCACGCAGAGGAACGGCGCGUUUCGAAGAGGACGGAAGUGCGACUGGACUCGAUCCGAGACGCCACGCACUCGCAUUUCCUUUCGGAAUUACCCGCUAUUCGCUUCUGUUUGUACGGACCGCGGAGGCCCAUCGCGUCUGGCCAGAUGUCGAGCAAACCGUCAGACACAGGCCUUUUAAUCUGUGCCGGGCUCUCCCAUUUGAAUGAGGUGAUUAUUUUUAAACCCCCGAAUCAGACUCCUGUUCAGGACGAGAAGGGCCUGAAUCAAUAUUAGCACUUUUGUAGAUUUUGAAGGUAUUUAGUUAGUUGAAGUGAUUCCUUAAAUGCGUCCACUCAUUGCCUUGUCGGGGGCCAUUUCCCCUUGAGAAAGAGAACGUCAUCCUGCCAUCCCACAGAGGAGAGGGGAGGAGACCCAACUGACUCAAGAAGAGACAAAGAUAUUGCUUUUACUGAAUCCUUUAGAAAUGGACUUUGAUUUUUUAAAAGCCAUAAAUCAGGGUUUGUUAUGAUUGUAACGUUGUACGCGGCUGAGGGUUGCGGUCCGAAGCAACCUUGCGGCAGCAGUGGUCACCGGCUUCACUCCGGCUGUACCCCGGCAGUGACUCCCGGUCACCCGGUCUCCCCAUUCAAAACUCGCAACCCCCCCCCCCGGCGACCUUCCCUGAGCCUUAACCACCACUACGCCGCCGUCCCAGCUGCAAUUGAACUUUGACCCCCUGAGAAGGAAGCACAGCGCCAGUCCUCUCGGGAAUUCUGGGAGUACAAAUGUGAUCUUCACAUUGAAGGUCUGUUAUUAAACCAAGAAUUUUUUUAGUUACGAUUUUGCCUUUUAUAAGUACAAAUAUAUAUAUGAAUGAAUAUAUAUAUAUAUAUAUAUGAGCAAAUGGGUACCGGGACUGUGCCUUCGUUCCCGACAGUGUCUAAUCUCUGUGUCCAGUUGCAAUAAAGAUUCAGCACUGUUUAUCCCA